AUGGAGAACCAGCAGCAACCGUCCACAACAUCUUUGUGCCGGAACGGAUGCGGUUUCUUCGGAUCACAGGCUAAUGAAGGCUUGUGCUCAAAGUGCUUCAAAGACUCCAUUAAACGUAACCAAGACACUGCCAGAUUAUCUCCCACUGGUGAGUUCAAGCAUUUCCUCGUUGAUUUGCCCCGUAAAACAUUUCCUAUGCCUAUGACUGCGUCGUCUUCUCUGAUGUCCGACUGCCCAAUGUCCGAGCCACCGGCGCAGACAUGUGCACAAGCAGCUCAUGCUGCUAGUGAUGUAACUGCCAAACUCGAAAGUGCUGAAGCAAUUGCUGCUAGUCAACCAGAAUCCAGUUGUGCUCUUAUGAGUGAGUCUUCCACCACUUCUGUUGAUGCUCCUGCCCCCGUGAAGAAGGCCAAUCGUUGCCAAAUGUGCAAGAAGAGAGUUGGUCUCACCGGCUUCACGUGUCGAUGUGGAGGACUAUAUUGUGGAGAGCACCGUUACGAUCAAGCGCACAAUUGUUCGUUUGACUACAAAACGAUGGAGCGUGAGGAGAUCCGUAAGAACAAUCCUGUCGUCGUCUCGGAUAAGAUUCAGCGAAUCUAG